AUGGAAGAAAAAUCUAUUAGAGUAGAUGAAAUAUCUGAUUGUCGUCAAAGAGCAAUAAUUUGCAAAGAGUCUAACUUAAAUUCAUCUCAAAUAUUUAAAUCUAUUAGCAACAUGGUUGUAAAUAAUCCAUGCUUAACUAAGCACGAAAAAAAAUACAUAAUAAAUGAUCUUAUAAUUAUAAGAGAUGCACAAAAUGUAAUAGCAGAUAUAGGAGAAAGAAGGCAUUGUGAAUAUUGUAAUAAUCCGGCUAUCGCAAUUACUUACUGUGAAAACUGUAUUAGAAAUUAUUUAGAAAGAGAUUUUAGCAAAUGGACCACAGGAAAUAGUAAAUUUGAUAAAUUAAUCCAAGAACGUCAAAUUAACUCAGUAUCACCUUCAGAUAUAUUUGAAUGGAUUCCAUUUGAAAAGUUUACGAAUCUGGUGUUUAAGGAAGAAGGUACUUUUUCUUUGAUAUAUGCUGCAACGUGGGAAGAUGGACCAUUUACAGAAUGGGAUACUGAAAAUCAAGAAUUAAAGAGGAGUGGCGGAGAAAUCUAUAUUCUCAAAAGCUUAAAGAAUUCAAGGACAGCGGAUGAACAAUGGUUUAAAGAUGUAACUUCUAGUUGUCCUAAAACUGAAGCUACAAUUAAGUCAAUAGCUCUGAAACCACAUGCCACUGCUAUCAACUACGGCACAAUCACAAUUAUUAUUACUCAAUCUAUUACAACUAAUGCAGCAGAAAAACUUCACACCUCGGAACCAACAUAUACAACUAUUAAUGCCCUAGGACUUAUAGUGGUCAUUGUGCCGAGCUACUCAACAAUGGGUGUUAGGGAGGGCCAAGAGCAGCUUUUUACCAAGGCGAGUGACAGCGAACAAAAGAAUAGCAAUCAUCCAGUUCUUAAAUAG